GUAGAGGAAGCGGAUGGGAGAGCUGACCCGUCACCCCAACUCAGGCCAAGAGCGUGAGAGAGGGAUCCGGGGCUUUGAGCUUCUCCCAGCGGAGAGCGCUUGGCAGCUCUCUGCCCCGAAUCACCAUGGGAAGGUGGCCAGGGCAGAGAGGGAGCCCACCCAGCAGGGCACAGAUUCCAGUCCAGCCAGGUCCUUGUCCAGCACCUUCAGACGUGUCGCUGGGGCCACACAAGCUGGCAGCAACCAAGGCCCCCAGGCUCCUGUUCCCCUGUCCAGGCCUACACCCGCGACCUGGCACCAGACAGUGCUCUCCAGGUACAGCAAGGUCAGUGCGGCAUCUGCUCCCCGGGCAGACGAAGAGCAGGAGAGUGUGCCGAGCCUCGCACACAUUGUACAGAUGGGGAAACAGUCUGGAGAGGACACACCACUUCCCCACGGACCUUCAGGCAGCAGCAGUGGAAACUCACUCUGCAGAGGAAUGUUGGAGCCACAUCCACAAGAGACCCUGAAGAUUUUGCCAAACGCGCCUACGGAAAGUUGCAGGGAAUUCAUCAACAGUAAUUGUUUCCUGCUUGGUCAGAUAGAAGAACUUCUGAAAUUGUACAGCAAUAAACAGCACCUAUGGCUGGAGUGUGGCCAGCGGGGACUCUCUCAGGGUUAUCUGGGCACUGCUGUAACCUAUGAAUGCCAAGCAGCAAACUGAGAAACAAGUUGGCUUCUGUAAAAAUCCUCUGGAGGCUGUGGGCAUGUGGUCAGACCCAGCCAGGAGCAAGGGGAUAAGGGCUGUUCUCCCUGCUGGCCUGUGGUUUCCUCUCUAGCCUCAGCUUCUCUUACCCUCAGGUUCUUAACAGUAACUCACUAAUAUUUACUGGGCUUCCUUGGCCCACUCACCUUUGCCUGCUGAACCACAAACUGGACAAGAGGUGACAUCCAGGUGGUAGAAGAGACAGGGCAGAGAGGUAAAGGGUCAGUGUGCCCUCCCGCCCAAUAACCUGACUCUGAGUAUUUGAGAAUUGACCAAGUUCCUGUAGCCAUAUGAUGGGGAUGGCAGGUGCUACCCUCACUGCAGUAUCAGUGUCUUCUCAAAAAAUACCAUGCAUCUCAAAUGAUGGCAAUCGAUUAUAUUUGUAAAGUAUCAGAGGAAAUGAUAUUUAGAAUUGAUACCUGAGGUUCUCUGGGCAUAGAGCUUUUGUGAAAGCCCUUAGUGUCUUCGCUUUGCUUUUCUCUGGCCUGUGAUUCAGCCAGGUGAACUGCCUGCCUCUGGCUCAGGAAGACUGCCUCCCACUUGUCACCACACAGCCACAGCUGCCUCUUUCCCCAGGGGCUCCCAGUAACUGUCCUGCCACCACAUGGCCUGAGCAUGGUUUGGGUCAGAACUUGGUACGCUGGGUAGAAUACACAAAAACAAAACCACACGUCUCUGGGAAAGCAGACUUCUCAGCAGAACCUGGGUGUUUGCACAGGGUUGCUCAGGAUGCUUCUGAGCUGGGUGGUCCUGAGAGCAGGUCAUUCC